GCAGUGCGCUAAGCUGUCAGUCAGGUAAGGCGCUAGCGAGCCGGCGGCGGCGGAGAGUGCGGUGCUGUCAUGACUGAGGGCACGUGUCUGCGGCGUCGAGGGGGACCCUAUAAAACCGAGCCGGCCACUGACCUCACCCGCUGGCGGCUCCGCAAUGAGCUGGGUCGGCAGACGUGGACGUAUUACCCAGCGGAGGACGACCCUGGUCGAGAGCAGACCGGGCUAGAAGCCCACUCCUUGGGACUGGACACAAAGAAUUAUUUCAAAGACUUACCUAAAGCUCAAACAGCCCAUGAGGGGGCCCUGAAUGGAGUAACAUUUUAUGCCAAGCUGCAGGCUGAGGAUGGACACUGGGCGGGUGAUUAUGGCGGUCCACUCUUCCUCUUACCAGGUCUCCUGAUUACAUGUCAUGUGUCACAUAUCCCUUUGCCAGCUGGAUACAGAGAGGAGAUGGUACGGUACCUGCGAUCAGUGCAGCUCCCCGAUGGCGGCUGGGGCCUGCAUAUUGAGGACAAGUCCUCAGUAUUUGGGACCGCCCUGAACUAUGUGGCUCUCAGAAUCUUGGGUAUUGGGCCUGAUGAUCCUGACCUUGUACGUGCGCGAAACAUUCUUCACAAAAAAGGUGGUGCGGUGGCCAUCCCCUCCUGGGGGAAGUUCUGGCUGGCCAUCCUGAAUGUUUAUAGCUGGGAAGGACUCAAUACCCUAUUUCCUGAGAUGUGGUUGUUUCCUGAGUGGGUACCUGCCCACCCCUCCACCCUCUGGUGUCACUGUCGGCAGGUCUAUCUGCCCAUGAGCUACUGCUAUGCCACUCGGCUGAGUGCCUUAGAGGACCCACUGGUUCAGAGCCUCCGCCAGGAGCUCUAUGUGGAGGAUUAUGCCAGCAUCGAUUGGCCAGCACAGAGGAACAACGUGUGCCCCGAUGAGCUGUACACGCCACACAGUUGGCUGCUGCAUGUGGUGUAUGGGAUCCUCAACCUGUAUGAACGUUUCCACAGUACCAGCCUGCGGCAGCGGGCCAUCAAAAUGCUGUAUGAACAUAUUGCCGCCGAUGACCGGUUCACUAAGAGCAUCAGCAUUGGCCCGAUCUCAAAAACCAUCAACAUGCUUGUUCGCUGGUCAGUGGAUGGGCCGUCCUCCUCUGCCUUCCAGGAGCACGUCUCUAGGAUCCCAGAUUACGUUUGGCUGGGCCUUGAUGGCAUGAAAAUGCAGGGCACCAAUGGAUCACAGAUCUGGGACACCUCAUUUGCUAUCCAAGCACUGUUGGAGGCAGGUGCACACCACAGACCUGAAUUUUUACCCUGCCUGCAGAAGGCUCAUGAAUUCUUGCGGCUUUCACAGGUCCCAGACAACCUUCCUGACUAUCAGAAGUAUUACCGCCAGAUGCGCAAGGGUGGUUUCAGCUUCAGCACACUGGACUGUGGCUGGAUCGUUGCUGAUUGCACAGCUGAGGCUUUGAAGUCUGUGCUACUCCUGCAGAAGCAGUGCCCCUCCAUCGCUGAUCACAUCCCCCGAGAGCGGCUCUGUGAUGCUGUGGCUGUGUUGUUGGAGAUGAGGAAUUCUGAUGGAGGAUUUGCUACCUACGAGACCAAGCGUGGGGGGCAUUUGCUGGAGUUGCUGAACCCCUCAGAGGUCUUCGGAGACAUCAUGAUCGACUACACAUAUGUAGAGUGUACCUCCGCAGUGAUGCAGGCUCUGAAGCAUUUCCAUGAAUACUGUCCAGACCAUAGGGCCCCAGAGAUCAGGGAGACCCUCAAGCAAGGCCUGGAGUUCUGCCGGAAGAAGCAGAGAUCUGAUGGCUCCUGGGAGGGCUCCUGGGGAGUUUGUUUCACCUAUGGCACCUGGUUUGGCCUGGAAGCUUUCGCUUGCAUGGGGCACACCUACCGAGAUGGGACUGCUUGUGCAGAAGUGUCUCAGGCCUGCAACUUCCUUCUGUCCCGGCAGAUGGCAGAUGGAGGUUGGGGGGAAGACUUUGAGUCCUGUGAACAACGGCGUUAUGUGCAGAGUGCCAGGUCCCAGGUCCACAGUACAUGCUGGGCCCUGAUGGGCUUGAUGGCUGUCAGGCAUCCCGACAUCAGUGCUCAGGAGAGAGGAAUCAGAUGUCUGCUGGAGAAACAGCUCUCCAAUGGAGACUGGCCUCAGGAGAACAUCUCUGGGGUCUUCAACAAAUCCUGUGCCAUCAGCUACACAAGUUAUAGGAACAUCUUCCCCAUCUGGGCCCUGGGCCGCUUCUCCAACCUGUACCCUGACAAUGCCCUUGCCGGCCGCCUUUGAACUCAUGUCUGCCUGUGCUGCAGCUGGCCAGCAUCAUCACCAUACAGGUCCAGGCAAGACUGGGGGUUCUUAGCCCCAAUCUCGGCCUUGUUCUCUAUUUCUGUAGACCUGAGGCUGGGACUAGGGUCAGGGUUGGUAUCUUUAGGCACUUGUCAGUAUAGGCUUAGUUCCAAGACUAGCUUCAGCGAGAAAGGGAACCAGAUAAACCUUGAAAUCCAGAGAGGCACACUGCACUCUGUAGCUCCUGGGUACAUCCUUCUUGAGGGACUGAGGCUGGAGAGUUUUCGUGUCCAGUGACUUCCCUGUGAGGGGAGCAGUGGCUUCUUCCUCUCCUCCUUUGUCCACUGUGUAACGGGCCUCUGACCAGACUUCUGUUUGCUGGGCUGGCGGAGGUAUGGCGACUCUAUGGUGCUGGUAUGUUCAGAGAAAGGCUCAAUGGGGAGUGAGGUGGGGCCCUUGUUCACUGUGCCCUGAGCAUGGCUGUUACCUGAUCACUGUAUGAAAUGCCUGUUUUCCAGAAAGGAAAUACAGACUUGCUUUAUACUAAAACUGUCACUAAAAGUCAUUUAAAUGAUCACCGACUCCCUUAAUAAACAGACAUUUUGGGGCUAGAACAGUGGCCCAGCAGUAAAAACAUGGACUGCUCUUUCAGAGAACCUGGGUUUGAUUCCCAGCACCCACUUGGUGGCUAACAACCUUCUAUAACUCCAGUUCCCAGGGGACCCAAUGCCUUCUUCUGGCCUCUGUGGGCGCUGCAUACAUGUUGCAUAAACAUACAUGCAGGAACAACACUCAUAAACACAAAAUAAACAUAAAUCUCUAAAAUAAACUAUUAAAAACAAAACCCCCAGGCAUUUCAUCCUGGGGUGUCCUGCGGCUGUGUGGCAAGGAGCCAGAUGCAGCGUCCGAUUCUGCCCCUAGAUUGUGAGCCCGUACACAUUGCACUGGUUUCUGGGAUAUCGGCAUCCUGGUCUCCUGUCAUCUUGUUGAGAUAGAGAGGCACACGUGGGAAGCCACACAUUUUAGGGGUGAGCUCUCAGUGCCUGAUUUCUAACUCUGUGUCUGUCCAACAUGCAGGCGGAGUUCGGGGCUGAUAAAGUAGUAGUUUCUCCUUGAAGUUACUGCUUUUCUUCCUGGCCAUGGUGAGCAGGGUCCAGCCUGGUGCCUUCUCAGUCUCAUGCUCCCUAUCUCUCUUACAUUCUGGACUGGUGGUAACACCAACUUCUCCCUGGCCCGCGGUCUUCCCUCAGAUAAACGGAGAGCUGUGUCUGAUCCCCUUUCCCUGCGCAGGACCCUCUAGGCCUGCCUUCUGCCAUGGUGCAGAUUCCCUGAGGCUUUGUCAUCGGCUGCCUGCCCACCUCCCACCACUGUCACCUUGUGCCGUGACCCCCAGGGCUCCCCUCCCUUAGAUCGUAACCUGUGCUAUAACACACAGUUCUUAGCCUCUGCCAGUAGCAGAGCAGAUAGAUGGGGAAUUACUAGGUCUGACCCUAGCAGCAGCAACUGGCCCUUAGAAUUCCCAGUCAGGACCAGAUCACUAUAGAAAAUACACUGACACUUACAGGGCCAGUUCCCUUAGUAAACAGACUUCUGAUAACACAUGCUUUAGACUGUAGUGUGUCAUUCUUAUUUUGUUUUGUCCUGCAGACCAGUCAUGCUGUAGAGCUGUCAGUGUGCAGGAUUACCAGUCCCAGUUCAGAGAGUUCCCCAGGCUCACCAGAUAACGGUCCAGAAGAAGCCCUUAAAGAUCCUUGAAAUGAAAGUUUUAGCUUGUAAGGAACAAAUUUAGAAUGUGCUGCAAGCUUUUCCUGUGGAGUCGUAGUAGAUUUCCGGUAUUCGCCGAGAUGUGAACCUCAACACUCUUUUUUGAGGGGUUCUUUAGUAGGAAAUGUUGACACUUUUUCCCUCAUGAAACGAUUUUAUAUGUGGUACUCACUAUGACAUGAUACUCACUAUGUAGUCCAGAAUGGCCCCAAGCUGGAGGGCCAUCCUGCCUCCAUCUCCUGAGGAUUGGGUUAUAGGCAUUGCUACCAUGCCCUGCUGAAGGACUUGAUGGAAACUCCUCUCUGACAAAGUAUUUUUUCUUUUCUUUUUUCAAUAAAUUUUUGCUGAUGCCA